AUGCAUACCAAAUUCAAGAGGGUGGCAUCUACAACAGACCCUAGGCAUCAACAAGGCCUCCUACCUUCAGCACAUCGUCAAUGGGAGUCUCUUGAUCUGGUUGUGGUGUUUGUGGUACUUGACAAGUUGUUGGAACCCAUCGACCUCGUUAGAUUCGGCGCGGUUUGCAAACAAUGGUCUCGGUUUGCACAAGACUACAAGCAAUGGUACAAGCGAGCGGCGCUACCCAUGCUCCUAAUUCCUAUCGACUACAAUGAAUCAAGUCAGGAAUGGCGUUACGGAAAGAAGAACAGGCAACCAAAGCACCAAGGAUUGCUGUACAGCGUUUCGGAACGAAGAGUCUACAGCAAUGUGCAGAGUAUUGUGCUGCCAUCAGUUAGCAAACCAAGAAGCAAUACACAGUGUAGAAGAUACUAUCGUGGAUGUGGGCAUGGUUGGGUGGCCAUGAUAGACAAGGAUGUGGAUGGAACUCAUGGAAGCGGCGUGAUUAUAACUCUGGUCAACCCUUUCACAACAGCAAUGUUGCAGUUGGUUAGUACUUCAAUUUUCUAUGGCAUCCCGAAAGUUAUAUCGUUGGGAGAUCCGACUUCGAAUUCAGGUGUGCAAUUAAUUUUCUGUGAUGAGAUGUCCUGGAUUCAAGUCAGAGGAAGACAACGACAAGCAUGGAAAACUUGCCAUCCACAUUACCUCUUAGAUGAUCCAAAUGACCUCUUACAUCAUGUGUGCAAAUUUACUGAUGCUAUAUUUUACAGAGGCCAAAUCUACAUGGCUGAUUGUAGUAAUUGCGGAAUUGAGGUGAUUGAUUAUGAAGAUCUAGACCAAAACAAAAUAGUAUACGCAUCACCUCCUUCAGCUGUUGUGGAUUCCCUAAAUUUUCCACAACGAGCUGAACGAGCUUAUCUUGUGGAAUCAAUCAAGGGAGACUUGUUCUAUAUUCGAAGGUUUACAAAGUUAAACAGUAUUCAAAUGGUGACUGAGAGUUUUAGGGUUUAUAAGGUAGUGCUCCAUGGAUCCAUUGUGGAGUAUGUUGAGGUGAAAAGCAUUGGAGAUGAGGCUUUCUUUGUUGGUGAUAGUCCUUCGGUAUCUGUUUUGGCUUCAAGCUCUUCAGGGUGUCAACCAAAUUCGAUUUACUUUACGGACGAUUCGAUAAAUUAUUCUCUAUAUUCGGCUAAUUACUUUGAUGAGAAUCUACAAGUCGAAAACCAGAAUAGUGAAGUACAAGUUGAUAUGGGUGUCUUCCAUUUAGAGGAUGAAACUAUUAGCCAACAUUACCCAAAAUAUAGUUUUGAUGGAAGGCUGCUACCACCGCCGUUUUGGAUUAUGCCGCCGGCCGUUUAA